AUGAAGCUGUCAAGAGGCACUCCUUUCGCGCUCUUGGCAGCAAGCUGUCAGGCUGCAUAUGUGCAGUUUCAAGACUGCGCUGAUGCGGUUACCAAUAAGUCGCUCAUUCCGGAGAGUUUUCGCGCGGCGGUUGAGCAGGGGAGGGAUGCGUUUGAGUGGCGGUUUGAUGUUAUCGCUGGGCAGGCGGAUCGGAAUGCCUGUGAGAUUGAUAUCGGCGCUGUUGUACCGAGAUUUACAGUUAUCGACUACGGGAGCGACCCUAAACAAAUCUCAGGAGAGAUCGUCAACAUAUCCUGCUACACUUCCGAAUGGCUCGGCCCGAGAGCUCAUUUCAUCAUUGCAUCUUCCUUUCAACGAUCAGCUUUCCUGGAUACCUUCCGAACAACCUUGGAUAUGACUUCGAAAGACAACGAAUCACUGUCCUGUGUUCGAGCAGUCCUCACUCCCGCUGCCCCGGAACCCAUUCGCCUUCUCAGUCUCUGGCUCCCCAUCGCCACUUUCGCCUUGACCUGUAUCGCAGCAUGUUGGCCGGCCCAACCACUAACCAGCUCCUUAAGCCCCAAGAACGCCCGUGUCACACGCGCCAUCGAUCUCUUAGCUUACAUCCAGUUUAUGUUUUUCUCAGGCGCACUCAGCCUUCGAUACCCUGGCUUCUUCCAACCUCUCGUCGGCCUCUGUAGCUGGUCUACCCUGAUGCUUCCGGCCGGUCUUGUAGAAGCUUCCUCACCUUAUCCGCAAGCCGGUGUAAACGACGGCAUUUAUGAACACAAUGGGACAAUCACAGGAGCUCCAGGCUUGGAACUACUUACCCAGAUGACGGGCUCACCAGUGAAACCUCAAAGUUGGAUGAAUACCUUCGUCCUAUCACUCAUCGUCUUUUUCUUUCUCUACUUAUCAUCAUACAUCAUUUUCAGGCUGAACAGCCGCGACUCACCCUCAAAGCCUGCCUGGACAAUUAUUGGAGCGCAGCUCAGAGACCGGUAUUGGGCUGUUGUCAGGCUUUUCCUCAGCUGUUUCAUGCUACCAAUCAGUGCAUGGGCAACCUACCAAUUCCUCGACGACCAGAUCUUUGGAUAUCGAAACUCAGCCAUGGCGAUCAUAAUUCUGAUUGUGUUAUUAGCAGCCUUUUGGUGGAGUUGGACAAGGGACUCUGAGAUGGGAUCGCUGGUCAUUCAAAGCCCAGGUCGGCUGAACAAAGAUCCAGAAUCUGGGCGACAAUACUACGCUUUGGUCUUGUUCUCUUUGAUGUUCCUCCGAGGAAGUGUCAUUGGCGGAUUGCAAACGUACACCUCUGUCCAGCUUGGUGUUCUGUUAGGAUGCGAGCUUGUUCAAUUGCUAUUGAUGGCGUUCUGGACAAGAUUUGCAUGCUUCGUCUCACUUACAGGCGUUCUCUCAGUCUCGAGGCUGGCCUUGUUUGCACUUCACAUUGGUUUUGUUCCUGGGCUCGCUAGUCAUUCAGGCAGGAUGCUUGUUGCCUAUAUCAUUCUUUGCGGGCAUGUAACCGUACUCACAUGCAUCUUCCUUCUGCCUACGGUUCUCGAUAUGGCGCAUCUUAUCAUGUACGGCAGGGCCGUCACAAUGUCGGACGCCGAAAGAGGGCCUUCACGGCAAGUCGCUAGGCUUCUUGAGCGUGCCCGAACAGAUAUUGAAGGGCUACAAAAGUCGGAGUCAGCCAAGAAUGGCGAUUUGAACAGUCAUACUCGAGUGUCCUCACCAGACUUCAAUCAGCUUCUGUUGGAGAUGAUCUUGAAGCGCGAAACAAACAAUCCACAGAUCGGUCCAAGAUCCCAGAAAGCACUAGCAGAGUUUUUGGGUGAGCUCAAAGGUAGAGAUAAGGGAGCCGAAUUCGAGAAGAACCCGACAGUCUUCAGCGACUCCUCCAUUACGCUGAUCGAUUUGAAAAGCUCCAAGGAGGAAAUCACACCCAUUGCAGACAUAUCAGUUGUCGAUUUAGUAUCUCACCUAUUCUCAAAAGAAAACUCAGCUAUCAGCAGCACCCCUGUACGCCAUGACCUCGACCGUCCUAUCAACGAAUACUUCAUCUCAUCUUCCCAUAACACCUAUCUCCGAGGCCGCCAAGUCGCCGCCCGCUCCAAGCUUAAAGGCUACAUCGCUACGCUUUCACAAGGUUGUCGAUCCGUGGAGAUCGAUUGCUGGGAUGGACGUGACGGGCAGCCGAUCGUCAAGCACGGAUACAGUUUGACAACUUCUAUCAGCUUCCGAUCCGUGAUCGAAACUAUCAACAAUUAUGCCUUCUUUUCUUCUGACUUACCUUUGUGGCUAUCUUUAGAAGUACACUGUAACCCAGUGCAGAGGGAUAUCAUGGCACGUACCAUGCUUGAGAUAUUCAGGUCAAGCUUGGUAGUGGAGCCCAUUGAUGCCUAUGCACAGAAACUCCCAUCACCGAACCAGCUCCGCGGAAAGAUCCUUCUGAAAGUUAAAGUUGCUCGAGAUCCACAGCCGCUUCAGGAUCCUCUUGCACCUGAGUACCUGAACUUGGACGGUGUUAUGGAAGAUGUAGAGAACGGCGACUAUGAGGAUCUGCCAUGCGAUUUACUACAGACUCUUGCAGUAUAUGGAGCGAGCAGACGGCUACCAAAAGACGCAGAUUUCGAUUCGCAUAGGAAUUUCAUCUACUCUGUCUCUGAAGGAAACUUCAAGAAACGCACCAAAGACAACGGUUCGCUCAAGUUAUCGGGAACACAUCAUCUUGUUCGCGUAUAUCCAGAUCCGAACAGGGUCGACUCAUCCAACUUCAACCCUCUGCAAUGUUGGAAACAUGGCGUUCAGAUGGCAGCUCUCAACUUCCAGACCAAUGACUUUUACAUGAGUCUUAAUGAGGCAAUGUUUCGUGGAAGCUCAGGAUAUUUGUUAAAGGCUCUGCCGCGACCAACACUAAUACGACUCCAAGUUGACGUUCUUAUGGCGUGGGGCCUCAAGGUAUCGUCAGGCAACGGCCCGGUCUAUGUCAAGAUGAAGCUAUUGACACCCGAUACCAUGAGCCAAAAAGCCCGGAGUACAUCUGUGCCUUUGCAAGAGUCAGAUGUGGUGUUUGAUGAGAACUUGGAGAUGUCGACCGAGACGAAUUACCCUCACCUCACGUUUCUGGAAUGGUCAGUCAAGACAAUGUCGAACGGCCGCUCGAUGUCGAUGGCUUCAGGCAUUGCCAAGAUCGACAAUCUGAAGGAGGGCUAUAGAUAUCUACCACUGGUGUAA